UACCGUGCGGUAUACCGUGCUUUACUCGUGUGUUCUUCUAUGUCAGAGCGAACCUUGAGAGCGAGACGCCAUGGCUCCGGUGCUGAAUCUGAAUAAUGAGGUAGUGAAGAUGCGGAAAGAUGUGAAGAAGGUGAAAGUCCUUACUAUUCGGAAGCUUACAAGAAACAUUUCCAAACUGAAAUCCAAAAAGGGGACAGAAGAACUCAUUCAAAAAAAUCAGAGACGGGCGCAAAGACUCCUUGAAGAAAUUCACACAAUCAAGAAACUGAGACCUGAUGAUGUCACAAAAAUUGCUUUACAGAAGGAAAUUAAUUUUGAGAAAGUAUGCAAAAAGCCAAACAGCACAGUUGAAACCCGAGCAGUAGCAAGGUUAGCCACACACCCACUUUUGAACAAGAAAAUAUCUACUAUUAAAGAUGCUAUCAAAGCUUUUAAAGAAGCCAGAAUAAAUGCUGAAGAGCAGGAGGAUAAAUCAGAAGAAACAUCCAAGCCUGAUGAACCUGCACAGAUUGCGAAGACAAACACCAAGAAACAGUGUAAGGACAAAACAAAGCAGAACCGAAAACCAGAGGCCACAAAACCAGAGGCCACAAAACCAGAGGCCACAAAACCAGAGGCCACAAAACCAGAGGCCACAAAACCAGAGGCCGAAUCUUUGCACAAUCUUCCGUGUAAAAGAAUACAUGAAGAGACUGAUCUUGUUGCUUGCAAUCAGAGAUACAAGGAAGAUGCUCUUGGUUCUCAGAAUGGUCAAAAGCCAGCUUCACUCUCAGUACCUAAAGUAUCACCUGAAAGAAAAUUAGUAGAGGUUGUCCCAGAGAAGCCAGCAUCAUUAACAACCCCUAAAGUAUCAGCUGAAAGAAAACCAGGGGCAGGCGUCCCAAAGAAGCAAGCAUUAGAAAAUAAAAUUGAGAAUAAAAGUAGACUUGGAAAGAAAACUCCUGUAAAUGAAUCUGGCUCUGACUCCAGUGAUAUUGAGGACUCUGACAAAGAAGACAAGGAAUAUUUUGAUGACAGUACAGAAGAAAGGUUUUAUAAGCAGAGCUCUGGAUUUGAGGACAGUGAUAGUGACGGUGAGAAUGACUUUUUUAUAGGAAAAGUGAGACGAACAAAGAAAAGAAAGUCAAGCAAAAAUUCUUCUGAGGAUAAAGUUGAAAAAGAGAAGCUUCCAACAGACACCACAAAACCCUCAGCUGGAGGUAGAGAGUGUCAGAAAGGGAACUCUGCUCCCAAGACUGCAAAACUAGAGUCUGUUUUUUGCAGUUCCUUAUCAGAUACAAAACGUAAAUCAUCAUUUAUGAAGAGAGAGACGAAAUUACCUCCUGUAUGGAGUAAGACAGCAGUUGUUCCACAGGCACCAAAACUGGUGAAGAAACCUCAAGCUGCCAGAAACAGUGCGUGGAAGUCACAGAGUAAACCAGAGACAGCUCUUCACCCUUCAUGGGAGGCCAGCAAAAAACGCAAAGAGCAGUCUCAGAUUGCAGUAUUCCAGGGGAAGAAGAUUGUUUUUGAUGAUUAGGUUUUAUCAAUUAAAACGAAAUUCCAGACAAAAUUUGUUG